AGGACAUCCUUCAACGCGAACGUGAAUGUUGAUUUCCUCAACACUCGAUAUUCCUCCAAAGGAUACAUGAUGGAAGACGGCAACGCUUUCAACUUUUGGGUGAUCACUAAGUCAGGCAAAUCCAUUGCUAUCAACGAAGCCACGAAGUCUUGCUCUGAAACCGCUCUGAUCUGGUAUCCAAGAUUUUGCGUGCCCUCCACAGCUCAGAAAGUCGGGUCCUUCGCGUACGGACCUGUUGGCCAAACUUUCCAGACUGACGCCUACAAGUUUCAGUACGGCACCUCUGAUUACUUGGUCACAGUAACCUCUGACUGCACCCUUAUCAAUCUGGUCCACGGCGUUUCCUCUCCGCUUGGAGGCUCCCUCACUAGCAGUAUUCUGACUAACUUUAGAGCUUCAGUCGACGAGAGCGCUUUCGAGCUGCCCUCAUACUGCAAGGAGAGCUUCGACUCAUCCGUUGUUGUUGGAUAAGAACAAAGACGACGUCCAACUCUUUCCUGUGGUCACAACAGUUUAAUUACUUGGUGUCCUAUAUAGCCAAUAUUGUUACGUUUUUUUGCAGAAAAUAGUUUUUUUUUGUCUCUGUCCUUUAAACUGUUAUUUUUAUUUUAUUAUUGUUGUUAUUAUUUUUUGAUGAUUGUAGCUAUGCUUUCAAAAUCUACUUUCGUAUCUUUAUACAAUUCACCCGAUAGGAAUAAACAAAAUUAUUGAAUGAUCA